AUGUGGUGCCGGACGGACGGGCAGGAAGACGCGCGGGCAGAGAUGAACGAUCUCGAGACACGGAUAGAGGGCAAGGUCUCCAGGGAGCACGUCAAGGCUUGCCUCGACGGAAAGGCCAACCAAGAGGACGUGGCAACGCUGCGGGGUCGUAUCGACAGGCUGUCCGCGGCAACGGCAGGGCUUGCUGCUGGGACGAGGGGUGCCCAGGCGCUGCGCGACCAGGCGAUGUCGACCGAGAAACGCUUGGCAGAGGUGGAGGCCAGGGUGCAAGGGUGUGAGGCCCACGCCGUGCGGUCAGACCCGGCGGCGGUCGCCCUCAGGUCGAGGAUCGAAACCAUUUCCUCUGGGCUGGAGGGCUUGAGCAAGCGAGUGGACAACAAGGCCAGCGCCUCGGCCACGGAACGUGCGCUCGAGGCGAAGGUCGAUAAGGCGAGCGGGAGCGCCGCCGCCGCCGCCGCCGCAGCCACCGCCGCCGCCGCGUCUCUCAGGCUCCGCGCCGACGGCCACGACAAGGCCCUGGCCCGGCUAACGGCGGCGGCGGCGGCGGCGGCGGCGGCCAAAGAGCAGAAGACGAGCGGCGGUAAGAGGGCGGAGGAGGAGGAGGCGGCCCGGCGCCGCUGCGAGAAGGGGUUCCGGCGAAACGCCAAGAGGCUGGAGAGCGUGGAGGGGGGGUUGGCCGCCCUGGCGACGGCGUCGGCGUCGCUCACCGCUAGGGCCGCCAAGACAGCUGACGCGGUCGAGAGGGAUCGCGAGAGGUCCCAGCGCAAAGCCGAGUCGAUCACGAAUGCCGUACGGGCGCUAAAAGGGCGCUUGGAAGAAUGGGAGCCGUCUCGCCAGCUCGAGGCGGUGCAGCAGCUCGUCGAUAACCAGGUGUCGGCAGCAAUAGCGAAGAAGAGCACAGCGGACGCCGCCGCGGCGCGGCUGUCGGCGUUGGAGCGUGCGGUUCGUGGGAUACUCUCCGAGCUGUCGGACAGGCCGGCCGAUCGGAGCGGGCCGGCGGCGGCACCAGACAGGCGGUUGCCGGCACGCCGGCAGAAGGAGAGGCGAAAUCAGCGGCGGCGCCUCCACCACUACAGCCGCCGCGGCAAUGUCGACGGGGCCACCGACGGGACCACCGCCCGAGGCACCGGCGGUGGGCGUACGCCGAGCCCGGCCUCAGAGCGAGAUUCUCGAUCUAACGAGGGAGGAACAGGGGUUCCAGAGCCUCUUGCGGAGGAGCACCGGGUGCAUCGACGGAGUUGCGUGGUGGACGGGGAGAGCGGGGAGUACAGAGGGGUAGGGGAAGGAAGGAGAGGGGAGAGCCGGAGAGGAAAGGCGCGGGAAAGGGUGCAAAGAGGAGGGGACUUCGGCGAGGUUUCGUCUCCCGGAAGCACCAGCAGCAGCAGCGAAACGCCUCGCCGUCGACCGCCUUCGGCGUCGAGACCGAGCGGCGGCGGCGGCGGUGGCGGCGGCGGUGCGGGAGAACGACAAGCCGUCGGAGCAGGCGGCGCGAUCGCUCGACGAGCCGGCAGAGUUGCGGCGCUUUCUUCCUCCUGCACGCCUUCUUCUUCGUGCUCUCCGUGUCGUUGCCGCAAGUUGUACCGAGCGGAGGGUCGGUCCGCCCCUCCAGACGACGCCUCGGCAGCGGCUGCGGCGACGGCGGCGGUUGUAGUCGCGCCGGCGGCACGAGCAGAGGUAUUGGUACCGGCAGCGGUUUCGCCGAGGGGACACGCCAACGUCAAAGAAACCACCAGGAAAAGAAGCGGCGGUGGUGGCGGCGGCAGCGGCGGCUGCUCCUGCGUCGGCUUCGACCCCCCCCCUGCAGAUAAACAAGUGGGACGUAACGACAACGAUGCGUCCGGUAAAACGCCGGAGGCAUCGGUUAUUGCGCAACCGGGCGCAGCCCGUCCGCUCGCUUCCCCGCGAGGCCGCGACAAGGACGAUGCUUGGGGCGACGGCGGGGCGCGGUGGGCGUGGGGGGGAGGCGGAGCGGCCGAGACCUCGGCGGUCGCGAGCCGGAUCGAGGAGCUGCGCAGGGAGAAGGAGGCGCUCAGAGAGGUCGCUACACGUGCGCUUUUCUCGUAG